AUGUCAUGUCAAUGAACGCCAUAACCAUUGUUAUUUCGGUUCUGCUGUAAGUUUAUCAAGAAAAUAUUGUACAGCAUUUAGAAAGUACGUAAAAAUGAGUGAAUUAGUUUGGGGAAUCAAAAACGGCGACAUAGACCAAGUCAAAGACAUAGUCGAAAAUAAGAAUAUAGAUGUCAAUGCCUUAAUUGAUGGAAGAGUUCCUCUACACUAUGCUGCGGAUUAUGGUCAAACAGCUGUAUUAAACUAUCUCCUGGACAAGGGUGCAGAUCCGAAUAUGGUUGAUAAGCAUGGCAUCUCAGUGCUGUUGGCAGCUAUAUGGGAAGGCCACACAGACUGUGUCAAGACACUGCUCAAAAAUGGUGCGUCUAAAAACGGAAAAACCCCAGAUGGAACACCAUAUCUUGAAGCUGCUGAAAAAGAAGAAAUAAAAGAACUUCUCACAUAGAAUGUAUAUGUAAUCAGAACUGUAAUAAGCAAUCGCUCACGUUUUUGAUUUGAUGCUAAGGAAAAAUCACUAAGAUCAAACAAUAAAUUAAUCUAUUAUAAAAUAUUUUUACAUGCAUUUAUUUACAUUGUAAUGAAUUAUUUUUAUACGCUCAACAUAUUGAAAUAUAAAAUAUGUAUUUGAUUAUGCGUCCAUUUUGUAGUUUGUGUAUCUAUAAAGGCCUGACCCCUCUUAAAGGGUUAAUUAUAGCCACUUGAAAUGUGAUGGUUAGCUCAUCCUUCCAGUGCUUGCAUGAGAUUUUAAGAAGCCCCAUAAUCAAAAUUUAGCAAAUAAAUUAUUUAAUAUUAAGGUGUAAUUCCAACAAUAAGAUGUAAUUUUUAUCGCUAAAAUAAUAAACUGAUAAUGAACAA